CGGGCCAAAGCGCGCUCUGAAUGGACGCGCUGCUCGCGUGUUUCUGUUUUGUGUUUUCCGAAUCUUAAAACUCGAGAUAAACGCGACAAGUGAGAGUUUCCACGCAUGUUUAGGCUGCACUGGUUUAUGCCAGGUGUGUUCGCGGCUGUACGUCGCUCUGGAUGUUUUUAAAUGGUGUUAAAAGCGGUUUUGUAACGGUUUAAGGAGCGUUAGCAUCUGCGGCUAAAAACAUGGAGGAGGACACAGACACAGAGCUGAGCCAGACCGACCGGGCCAGGCUGUUCUGGUCCACUCAGGAUGUGGACUCUGUCUUCUCUGAGAUCCGGAUCCACCUGAACCUGCUCCAGACCCGACUGAAGAGCGGAGCCACGAACAAAGACCUGGUGCAGAGUCUGAAGUUGCUGGAGGCAUUUGAUUGGCCGUCUUUAACCCCACCCUCCGUCGUGCAGGUUGUGAUUGGCUCAGACACUGCCCCCUCCACAUCUCCUCCUGCCCCAGGCCCUCCAGCGCCCCCUGUGUAUGAGGAACACUGCUGCAGCAAGUCCUGUGUGCCUACAUUACCCAGCGUGCCUCAGUCUGGAGUCUGGACGCUGAACCCUCUGCAGAUCCCUCUGGUGUACGGCUUUUACCGCGCCAACCAAUCAGAGAGCGGCGUGGAGCAGACGGACCAAACAGGGCGCGGCCUGGAGCCGACGGACCAAUCAGAGCGCAGCAUGGUAUACGUGGCGCCCUGCGGGCUCCGCCUCUCUGACCCUGAUGCUGUGAUGGACUUCCUGCUCCAGACCCAGAGCUUCCACCUCCUGCAGUUGGACCUGUUCUCCUUCAACCCACACGUCUCUGUGGAGCCUCUGAGUCCCGGUCUAGUCUCUGGUCCGGCACCUGGUCCGGUCCCUGAUCCGGUCUCUGGUCCGCUCCCGGGUCCGCUCCCGGGUCCGGUCCCUGGUCCGGUCUCGGGUCCAGACCUGAGUCGGGGCCAGGAGCUGGUGCCGGUGGAGCUGUGUGUGUCAGAGGGAGAGCGCCCCCCGAUAUUCAAGUACCGUCGUGACCGUUGGCCGCGCGGGUGCUUCCUGUCCCGCCACCCCCACCUGUACUCCGCCUUCUGCGACUGCAGCGGGAGCUGUGGAGCCUGCGCCUGCGCCGAGCUCAACGCCGGCCGAGGAUACCACCACCAACGCCUGCCCGCGCCCAUCCACACCGGGAUCUUUGAGUGUGGUCCCUGGUGCGGCUGUGAUCCUGGUCUCUGUCAGAACCAAGUGGUCCAGAGGGGUCUGAGGGUCCGUUUGCAGGUCUACAGGACUAGUCCCGGCACAGACCAGGGUCAAGCCCAGUGUCCAGACCCGAAACCAGACCCAGACCAGACCCAGAGCCCAGGCCGCGGCUGGGGAGUGCGCUGUAAAGACGACCUGGACCAGGGAACUUUCAUCUGUGUCUAUGCAGGCGUGGUUCUGCAGAGGAGUGACGGACAGCUCGAGGCCCCGCCCCUGAAGCAGAGAAGGGCGGAGCUCGCCGCUGAUGACGAGGUGCAGCUCGUCACCGAGUGGCUCCCGUCGCCCCUGACUCCGCCCCCAAACGCCGACUCCGCCCACGUACCUGUCAUCCAGAGAGGAAGUGAUGUCACGGGACAGGAGCAGAAAGCGCCCCCAUCUGGACACACCGGGUCAGAGCACACCAUAGUGAACGGGACAAAACGGGCUGUAGACCGGAGCCAGGACCGGACCCAAGAUCGGACCCAGGACCGGACUCGGACUUUGGGGCUGGAGGACUUUUACCUGAUUGAUGCGAGUAAAGAGGGAAACGUGAGCCGCUUCUUCAACCACUCCUGUGACCCGACGCUCUUCAUCCAAAAUGUUUUCACCGAUUCACACGACAAAAAGUUCCCAAACAUCGCCUUCUUCACCAAGAGGGCGUUGAAGGCAGGUACGGAGCUCACGUGGGACUAUAACUCCGCCCCGUCGCAGGAAGUGGACAGUGGUGGACAGGAAAUGGAGACGGGGAUCCAGGAAGUGCCGUGUUUGUGCCGCAGCGCCGCGUGUCGAGAGAAAUUCUACGUGUCUGAGAUCAAGAACACAACGACAUAAACGCACAAACACACACGCUAUACACCAUUCACACACAAACACACACUGUACACACACUGUUCACUCUUUAAUUCUGUUUAUUUCAACGGUUUUUGUUUGUAAUAAAAGAGUUUUGCUCUGUUUA